AUGUCGCCAGAUGUGGGAAUGUUAGCAGACCUCAGCCAACUCCCUGCGCACAUCCUCCACGCCGAGCUACUGCGACGACAACAAGAUGGCGAAAGGCCAAAGUGCGAGACUAAAGGCGGAAAGGGCACCUACAACACCCUCAUUCAUGUACUCGCCCUCCUUCUCAUCCUUGUCCUGAGCACGGCUGCCUGCUCCUUCCCCAUUGUCGUCAAGCGCUUUCCCUCGAUACCGGUACCACACCAGUUCCUCUUCCUAUCCAGACACUUUGGAACCGGUGUCCUCAUCGCGACGGCCUUUGUCCACCUGCUCCCCACGGCCUUUGAGUCCCUCACCCACCCAUGUCUCCCGCAUUUCUGGAACCACCGCUAUCCGGCCAUGCCGGGCCUGGUGGCCAUGACGUCGGUGUUUGUCGUUGUAGGCAUUGAAAUGUUCUUUGCGGCUAGGGGCGCUGGACACGUGCACGCUGCUGGUUUGGACAACUUGGGUUUGGAUGGUAGUGCGGAUGCGCGUCCGGGACACAAGAGAAGCCAUAGCUAUGGGAGGUAUAGCAAUGGGACUGCGGCUACGAAUGGUCAUGCACCGGGCAUCAUGCUGCACGACGUUGAAUCGUCUGCUCAUCUAAUGGCUGGGCGGUCGCCAUCGUUUUCCGUCGCUUCGCCCCUGACACCGGACCCCUCCUCGCAACAAGACUCCACACGCCUCCUCCCCAGCGGCCCGCACGCCCCCCAAAAAACGCACUCGACCACCAUCUCCCCCGAGAAGACCGACGCGCAAAACAAAAAGCUCCUCCUCCAAUGUCUCCUCCUCGAAGCCGGCAUCCUCUUCCACUCAAUCUUCAUCGGCAUGGCCCUCUCCGUUGCAACCGGCACCUCCUUCGCCGUCCUGCUCACCGCAAUAUCCUUCCACCAAACCUUUGAAGGUUUCGCCCUCGGCGCCCGCAUCAGCGCUAUCCGUUUCCCGCCCGGCUCGCCGAAACCGUGGCUCAUGGCGCUCGCGUACGGUGCCACGACGCCGAUAGGCCAGGCUAUUGGCCUCGCGAUACAUACGCUGUAUGACCCCGCGAGCGAGGCGGGCUUGCUAACGGUAGGGUUUAUGAACGCGGCUUGUGCGAGUGUUGUGGGUGGGGCGCUGCUUAUGGCCAUGGUUGGGGCGUGGGCGUAGUAACUGUAUGUAUGUGUAGAUAUACAAGUGUUGUUUACGCAU